AUGUAUCUUGGGUCCAAGGAAGCCUUGUCGUGCCUUCAAGCUCUAGGGCUGGACUUUGAGCUGGAAAAGUGCAAACUCAUUCACUUUGCCAAAUCAGGUCAGUCCCUUAAAGACAACCCACCAAUCAACAUACCGCGCCCAACAGGCGUUGCCCACAGGGUCUUUGCCACCACUACAACCAUUCGAUGGCUUGGUUUCUUCCUCGACCGGCGACUUGACUUCAAAGACCACGUCAAGAAAUGCGCAAUUAAAGGGCUAUCCGUCAUAUCUGGCCUCAAGCUCUUGGCCAAUAUUGUCCGUGGACUUUCCGUCGCUCACGCGCGCAUCCUAUUCAAAGCCUGCGUACUCCCAAUCCUCACAUAUGGUUCUGCUAUCUGGUAUAGAGGCACACAACAGAAUGGUCUUAUUGAACCCUUAGUUAAGGCCCAGAACGUUGGCCUAAGAUGGCUGUUAGGUGCCUUCCGAACGUCACCCAUUGGCGCCCUCAAACAUCUUGCCUCAAUCCCACCCAUGCACAUUGCCCUGGCCAGACUAUCCAGGAACGCCUCCACCCGCCUCUCCACGCUUCCUCCUUGUUCGGAAGUUGCCCAACGUCUCCCCCGCAAAUGGGACACUCACAACCCCGACCGCCCCGACUGCUUGAGGUCCAAAACCAAAACCCGCGUUUCACCUAUUGUCCACCUAGUGGGACUUUCCCACCCCAAGUGCAAAAAUAUCAUACCAUACCUAGUACCACCCUGGGAAGCCCCUCACUCUUGGGGCAAUCGUCUCAAAUCCUACCCUCCACCAAAACACCUUUCCCGCAAUUCCUGCAAAGAAUUUGCCAAAAAACUUAGACGGCAAAUCACUUCCCUCACCACCGACGAAUCCGUAGUCUGCUUUACCAACGGUUCCAAACGGGUGGUCAAUGGAUGUUGCCGUGUAGGGAUAGGGUUCACCAUCCAACACCAUGGCGUAGAAAUCAACCAUAACUCAGCCAACCUUGGGCCAAGGUUUGAAGUUUUUGAUGCCGAAAUGCUUGCCCUAGCCCUCGCCCUUAAAACCGCAGCCUCUCAGGCAAGAAGACUCAACUCCCACUCAAUCAUCCUAUUCGCGGACAAUCAGGCAGCCGUCUCCUUGAUUACGUCUUUAGACAAACACCCAGGCCAAUUCGCCUCUAUCGCAUUCCGCAAAGCGGUCGACAAAUUCCUCCACGAAGCUCCCGAGAACCGGAUAAAAGUCUGCUGGGUACCAGGCCACAACGGAAUCGAAGGGAACAAACGGGCAGACCGACUUGCAAACGAUGGGGGCUCUAAACCCCCAAUCUCUAUCCUCAACCAAUCGCUCACAUGGUCCAAAGCCCAAUCCACCCACCAGGCGAGCCGUACCUGGGGUCGCGAAUGGGCGUCUCAACCACACUCGCUAUUUGUCACCAACCAUAUCCGACGUCCCCCAUCCCUCACGCUCGCUCGAUUUGCUAGGACAUACCGCGGGCACAGAUCGACUCAUGCACGCCUCAACCAGAUCAUUUUGGGCCACGGCUUCUUUGGCGAAUACCGCGAGCGAUUCCGCCCUGACGAUGACCCGAGCUGCCCCUGCGGCCAGCCCCGGCAAACUCUCGAUCAUGUCCUUCGCGACUGCCAUAUACACACUGAGGCUCGCAAUUUCCUCCGGAGGGUGUCCGGGCCGAUGCUUGACUCUAUUCUUUUCGGUACUCAAGCUGGCCUUGAGGCACUCGCUCAAUUCCUCGGCGCGUCAAACGCCUUCUCGCUCUACCCUUAG